AUGCAAUCCAUGGUCAAAGCUGUUUUUCUUGCUCUCGCUGCGGGGCCGCUUGUACUGGCGGCUCCAGCACCUCAAGAUGCGACCAUCUCCUCGAGCAGAGUGGUGGUGACUGGUACUGCCAGCUCUAGCUUCUCUAGUAGAAUUGCGACCGGUGUUCCCAGCUCCAGCGUCUCUAGUGGGGUAGUGACCGGUAGUGCCAGCUCUAGUUUCUCUAGUGGAAUUGCGACCGGUGCUCCGAGCUCGAGUUUCUCUAGUGGCAUUGCGACCGGUGCUCCCAGCUCUAGCUUCUCUAGUGGAGUAGUAGUGACUGGUAGUGCCAGCCAGAGCUGUAUUCCUGCUGUUGUCACCGUCACCGCUGGAAGCGGAGUGUACAGCAGUGCGGUGACCGCCAUUACUGGUACUGCAACCACCACCACCGUUAUCAACGGAGGGACUGCUACCACCAUCGCCACUUUGUUCCCCACCACCGUUUCGAGCGGGAACGCUACCGUUAUUAUAGUCGGAGGCACCACCACAAUUGGGAGCGGAGGACCUGUCGAGACGACGAUCUUCUCCGGAAGUGCUACAACCAUCGUCAGUGGGAUUCCCACCACUGUUGCUACUGCGGUCACUUCCAGCAUUGUAGUUGGCAGUACCACCACAGUCGUGACUGGAAUCCCUACCACUGUUGCCACUGGAAUCACCACUACCGUUGUGGUUGGCGGUACCACCUCAGCAGUCACUGUAGUUACUAGCACUGUUUCCGGUACGGUCUCUCCUACUACUGUUGGCAACGGGGGCACAGGUACGACCUCUCCUACUACCGUUCGCAAUGGGAGCACCGGCACGACCUCUCCUACUACCGUUCGCAAUGGGAGCACCGGCACGGCCUCUCCUACUACUGUUGGCAAUGGAAGUUUCACCACCGUUAGCGGCACGGUCGUCAGUAGCUCCUCCGUUCCUUGUGGUACGAUCACCAUUACCGUUGGCUCCCACCCUUCCACCGUAUCCGGUUCCUUUGCGGUCACGUCCACUCCUACGGCGCUUGCUGUAGUAGAAGCGCUCCUUAAGGGCCUUGUAUCCUCCCAGUGAAACCACGGAGUCUCUUUAGUUACUACGGACAAAUUUGCUCUUCCUACCUGACAAACCUUCUCACGGAGUACAAAGGAUCUUGCAUGAUCAUGCUCAGUCGCAGUUGAUGAAGGCCGAUAAAUCUUUACCUUGGACUUUAGUAUGAAUCCCUUGACGGCGUAGUAUAGAUAAGCAUUUCAGUCUCGAAAUUCCGUUGACGUCGAAGCGAGAGUCACUUGUUCUCCACUGCGACAGAGAAAAAAAUUGACACACUCCGAAAGGCCCCACAAGAGUCGGUUGUUCAGCCUAUCGAUGAUUCAUCUCCUUACAAGUCCAUGCAUUGAUAACAAGCUUCCAGAGGUAUUGUGAAAUGUAUUUACAUGGUGAUCUUCGGCCGACAAAGAAAGGGUCCGGGAGCAAAAAGGAUGUUGUAUAACUGACAAGA